GUUCCACUAUAUGGGAGUGUAGGGACCCUCACCUUUGAGAAGAAUUAAUUAGGCCCUUAUCACAUCCAUAAGUAGAAGUUGGUGGUUUUAUUGUCCAUUUCAGAAUGCUUAGUCUUCCAAUCUUACUAUUGCUGAUAAUAUUUCAUCACUGAAGAGCUGAAUCCAUGACCCUUUCAAUAAUGUUAUUUGUGUUGUAAAACUGAAAGUUGAAUUUGGUGCUGGCUAACUAGCAUUUGUUGUGUGUAAGAAGAGUGAAUGGAUACCUCAGAGAUCAAGUCACCAGAAGUCCCACAACCACAACAAGAGGGGACACCAUCAUGCACUUCAAUAAGCAGAAAGAAGCUUGGCAUUUUUUUCCUUGAGUCUGAGGAUAGAAGGAUGGCAUUUGGUCGUGGCUACACAGCAGGAUCCACACCAGUUGAUAUCCAUGGCAAAUCCAUUGUUGAUCUUUCAAAAACUGGUGGUUGGAUUGCUGCUUUCUUUAUAUUUGGAAAUGAAAUGGCAGAAAGAAUGGCUUAUUUUGGCCUUUCGGUUAACAUGGUGGCCUUUAUGUUUUAUGUGAUGCAUAGACCUUUUACAAGUUCAUCCAACGCAGUCAACAAUUUCUUGGGGAUAUCACAAGCUUCAUCCGUGCUUGGUGGUUUUCUAGCAGAUGCAUAUCUUGGACGCUACUGGACAAUAGCAAUCUUCACUACAAUCUAUCUUGCGGGUUUAACAGGAAUAACAUUAUGUGCAACAAUGAGCAUUUUUGUUCCCAACCAAGAUGAGUGUGACCAAUUAUCUCUGCUUUUGGGUCACUGUGAGCCUGCAAAACCGUGGCAGAUGACUUACCUCUACACGGUUCUUUACAUUACCGCGUUUGGAGCUGCAGGUAUAAGGCCCUGUGUGUCAUCUUUUGGAGCUGACCAAUUUGAUGAAAGAAGCAAAAAUUACAAGUCCCAUCUUGAUAGAUUUUUCAACUUGUUCUACCUUUCUGUGACUAUUGGGGCUAUUGUGGCAUUCACCGCAGUAGUCUAUGUCCAAAUGAAAUAUGGAUGGGGAUCUGCAUUUGGGUCAUUAGCAAUUGCAAUGGGAAUAUCUAACAUGGUGUUCUUCAUGGGCACUCCCUUAUACAGGCAUAGGUUGCCAGGAGGUAGCCCUCUUACUCGGGUUGCUCAAGUCUUGGUUGCUGCAUUUCGAAAGAGAAACACUCCAUUUGUUAGCAGUGACUUCAUAGGGUUGUAUGAGGUUCCUGGCAGACAUUCUGCUAUAAAGGGAAGUCAAAAAAUAGCUCACACUGAUGAUUUCAGGUUUCUUGACAAGGCAGCUCUGCAAUUGAAAGAAGAUGGUGCUAAUCCAAAUCCUUGGAGGCUUUGUACUGUGACUCAAGUAGAGGAGGUCAAGAUUCUUUUGAAACUUAUUCCCAUACCAGCUUGCACAAUCAUGCUUAACGUGGUCUUGACUGAGUUUCUCACUCUCUCAGUUCAGCAGGCAUAUACUUUGAACACUCAUUUAGGUCAUUUGAAACUUCCAGUAACAUGCAUGCCUGUGUUCCCAGGCCUUAGCAUAUUUCUUAUAUUGUCUCUCUACUACUCCAUUUUUGUCCCCCUCUUUAGACGCAUCACUGGUAAUCCACAUGGUGCAUCUCAGCUUCAAAGAGUAGGAAUUGGCUUGGGAGUUUCUAUCUUAUCUGUGGCAUGGGCUGCAAUAUUUGAGAGGUAUAGAAGAAACUAUGCAACACAACAUGGAUAUGAAGCUAUUUUCCUCACAGCAAUGCCAAACCUAAGUGCAUACUGGCUUUUGAUCCAGUACUGCCUCAUUGGUGUAGCUGAAGUAUUUUGUAUUGUUGGUUUAUUGGAAUUCCUAUAUGAGGAAGCCCCUGAUGCCAUGAAGAGUAUAGGGUCUGCUUAUGCUGCUUUAGCUGGUGGAUUAGGUUGUUUUGUUGCCACUAUAAUAAACAGUAUUAUCAAAGCUGUCACGGGGAAGCCAGAUAAAAACCAACAAUCUUGGUUGUCACAAAACGUAAACACUGGCAGGUUUGACUACUUUUAUUGGGUUCUCACAGCUUUGAGUUUAAUCAAUUUCUGCAUCUUCAUAUAUUCAGCACAUAGAUACAAAUACAGGACACAGCAAGUUUAUGAGAUGGAGAAACAUCAAAUGGCAAACAAAGGGAGCUCCACAACAGUGGCUAGCUAAAUAGGAGCUGAUACCAACAGAAAGUGUAGUCUUUGUUCCAUCCUUGACCUUCAUUAAUGAUUGAUUGGCUAUUUUAUUUUUCAUUACACUAAUGCUCAAAUAUAUGUAUAUGUAUAUAUAUAUAUGUGUGUGUAUUGGCAGAGUCAACCAUUUAAAACCCUCU